UCGACGCCUCCGCUGCACCGGCACGUAACCUGCCCGCGGAUUCACAGGUAGAAUCCGGCUUAAUCACUCUCUGGACCCUCCUUCCUAUGGCCUGCAACCGGUGAAACGAAACAGGGAUCCCACGUUGGUCUUCGGUUAGCGCCAUGCGACGAUCUGAUCGCUUAUGGAGCUUCCCUCUUCGUCUCGACUCCGAUGUGCAUGCACGUUGCUACGAUAUCGCUUCUGUGACUGUUUCUGCCUGUGCUGGCGGGGUGCACCCUGAGACGCACAGCUCUGCAGAGGAACCGACGCCUCCAGGGCCGAGAGAUGCUACCCGGGCUUCGAGACUCUCACAAGACGAAAGAGAACACAUCUCUUCCUGACACGCGCAUGGUCAUAUGUGAUGGAAACGGACGAUCUCUGCAUACCAACCUACUAAGUAUAAAGCUCGCGUCGUUAGUGCAGGCUUCUAGGAUCUCGGCUUCCCCUUCCUUUCUUGCCUUGCCCCCAUGUACGGCCUCUCUCUGUCCCUGCUGCUGCUCGUCCCGGGCGUGCUGUCGGAGCCGCUCCGGGGUCUGCCAGUGGAGAAGCGCCAGAGUGACUCGUACCGCACGCUCACGACGGCAAGCAACCCGGACUGGAUGAUGACCGUGUCGGACGGCGCGUCCCUCGGGGCACUGUCGAUCCCUGGCACGCACGAGUCCCUGGCGUUGGUCGGCGGCGAUAUCACAGAAUGUCAAGAGAACCUCGGAACGUCCGCCGACACACUGACGGCGCAGCUGAGCGCGGGCAUCCGCAUGUUCGACAUCCGGCUACGCAUCGAGUCGGGCAACACGUUCGUCGUGCACCACGGCGCGGUGUACCAGGACGCCAACUUCGACGACGUGCUGACGAAAGUCAGCGCGUACCUCUCCGCGCACCCCACCGAGGCCGUCCUCAUGCGCGUCAAGCAGGAGUGCACGGGCCAGAUCGGGUCGUGCACGGACGUGUCCGGCCAGGCGUCCUUCGUGGACAUCUUCGACAUGUACACCGCGCGCUACCCGAACGCGUUCUGGGCGCCGAGCAUCAACCGCAACGCCGCGCCCGGCACGCCGACGCUCGGCGCCGUCCGCGGCAAGAUCGUGCUCGCGGUGAUCAACGGCCCUCAGGGCGGGCGCACCGACUCCUACGGGCUGGCGCAGUUCUCCGGCUGGAACGACGGCGACUCGACGUACAUCCAGGACAACUACAACGUCCCCGACGUCGGCGCGAUCGCGACCAAGCGCGACCAGGUCCGCCGCUUCCUCGACGCGUACAACGCGCCCGGCGCCGAUUUCGGCAGCAUCUUUGUGAACUUUGGCUCCGGCUCCAGUCUAUUCGCGUUCCCUAACCAGGUCGCCGGCGGGGCUUUCGGUGUCCAGGGCGUGAAUCCGUUUGUCGAGAUCUACCUCGGUCAGGGAACAGAUGUCCACCAGGCAGUCAAGCGCACUGGUGUUCUCAUGCUGGAUUUCCCCGGCGGUGGGCUGAUCAAUAAGAUCCUUACGUUCAACGCAGGCCUGUAGUCUCACGUGGAGGUCAAGACGAUUACGAUAAAGCAGAUACCUGAAAUAGUAUAAUGACUUGCUAUACUGCAUGGAAGCAAUUGAGAUACGUCUAGUCGCUCUCGAUGUCGAGUAGAUAGAACAGCUCCACUCAGGGGAUCAUUGUUAUUCCAUCCAUGGGAGUACUCAGCUUACUGAACCUACAAAAGAUUUAUCAAGUCUUACCUGGAUGGUAAUCAUCAGUAUGACGAGU